AUGGAGACAACUGUAGCUUUCGUGAAAUAUCACUUGGGCUGGCCUCAAAUGCACCACUUGUUUGCUACACUUUGUCUUGUUGCCUUCGUCUACAAAUUAACUAUCUUGCUCGCCCAAAGAAGAGAUGCGUUGCGAAAUGUUGAGGCUUUUCCAGGACCACCGGCACACUGGCUUUUUGGACAUGUGAAAGAGUUUAAACAGGAUGGGACUGAUCUGUACAAUCUUGUGAGAUGGGGGAAGCAGUACCCGUAUGCUUUCCCUAUGUGGUUUGGUCCCUUUGUUUGUGUCCUCAACCUUCACCAUCCAGAUUAUGUGAAAACUUUAUUGACAUCAACAGAGCCAAAAGAUGAGUUGGGAUACACUUUUCUAAAGUCUUGGAUUGGUGAAGGCUUAUUGGUGUCUAAAGGCCAGAAGUGGUUUCGCCACAGAAAGCUCUUGACCCCAGGUUUCCAUUAUGAGGUUUUGAAACCAUACAUUAAACUGAUGUCAGAGUCUGUUAAAACUAUGCUGGACAAAUGGGAAAGUUAUGCAAACACCAAUGAGUCCUUUGAAGUGUUUGAACACGUGAGCCUUAUGACACUAGACAGCAUCUUGAAGUGUGCUUUCAGCUACAACAGCAACUGUCAGACCGAGGGUGGAAAAAAUGCAUACAUCCAAUCAGUGUAUGAGCUCAGUAAUUUGAUUAGCAUGCGGUUCAGGACAUUUCCAUACCACAAUGACAUCAUUUUCUACCUCAGCCCACAUGGCUACAGAUAUAGAAAAGCACGCAGGGUGGCUCACAGUCACACAGAGGAAGUCAUUCGCAAGAGGAAAGAAGCACUAAAAGAGGAGAAUGAGAUGGACCGCAUACAGGCCAAGAGAAACGUAGACUUUCUGGACAUCCUUCUCUUAGCAAGAGAUGAGAAGCAGCGGGGUCUGUCAGAUAAAGAUCUACGAGCAGAAGUGGACACCUUCAUGUUUGAGGGCCAUGACACAACAGCCAGUGCCAUGUCUUUCAUCAUCUACUCUCUGGCCUGCCACCCAGAAUACCAGAAGACGUGCAGGGAUGAGAUCAUUCAAGCCCUGGAUGGCAAGGACACCAUUGAGUGGGAGGAUCUCAGUAAAAUUCCAUACACUACAAUGUUCAUAAAAGAAUCCCUCCGCCUUCACCCUCCUGUACCAGGAUUGGCAAGAUUGACCACCAAACCCAUGACCUUUUGUGAUGGAAGGACUUUGCCGAAAGGUAGUCAAGUUGCAAUAAGUUUGUUCACGCUUCACAGGAAUGCAACUGUCUGGGAAAACCCUGAAGUUUUUGACCCACUGCGUUUCCUACCGGAGAAUGUUUCCAAGAGGCCACCUCAUGCAUUCGUGCCCUUCUCGGCUGGACAAAGAAACUGCAUUGGUCAAACCUUUGCCAUGAACGAGCUGAAGGUGGCAAUAGCCAUGACACUGAAGAGAUACCAGCUGAUCGAGGACCCCACUCAAAAACCCAAGUUACUUCCUAGACUGGUGCUUCGCUCAAUCAAUGGCAUCCACAUCAAGAUCAAACCUGUUGACCCACAAUUAUAAAGGGAAAUAACUGGAGAAACACUAUACACCUGGAAAAAGGAUUACUCCAUUAAGGGAACAUUUUCUAAAAUUAUAAUGUUUAGCUAAUAAUGUUUUGGUGGAAAUUAUUUUCUAAAAUGGAAUUUGCAUUUGUAUUUUAGAACAAUUUUCUCACACUGGAACAGUUUUAAUAAAACUAUUUUGCACUUUGUAUUUGAAAAAGGAAUCAGAUCUAUAUGUAGUAGGACAUUUGUACCAAAUCAG